UUGCCACAGUCUCAAACUAGAUUUGCUAUUAACUGUUAGUACUUGAAGGCAAUAAUUAACAUUUUUCCUGGUAACUCUCAAAUCUCGGGUUGGACCCGGAGUAAGUCCUGUAUUCUCUGAAGCUACCUGUAAUUAAAAAACACAUUUUUCUCACAAACUAUUUAGUUUGUAGUUCAUAUCUUCUGCUCUCUAAUCCACAUUCAUAAUAUAAUCAUGGUGGUUGGUUAUUUUCCAGCAAAAAGUGAAACAGGAUUAAUGAUGAAGAACAAGAAUAAACAAUUAUUAUCAAGAAUAAUCCAUGUUAGUGUUGUUCUUAUAUGGAUGAAUUUGAAUGUAUCAGCUUCUUCGGAAUCUACAAUUUUGGAGUAUUUACCUGCAUUUCCUGGAGAUCUACCUUUUAAGCUUGAAACAGGAUAUAUUGGAGUUUGGGAAGAGGAAGUGCAACUCUUUUACUACUUCAUAGAGUCGGAGCAAAAUCCAAAAGCAGAUCCACUUAUGCUUUAUGUUUCUGGAGGACCUGGUUGCUCUUCAUUCACUGAUCUUGUUUUUGCUCAUGUUGGUCCCCUGUACUUCAACUAUACGGGAAUUAUUUUUAACUACACAACAUUAAGUUGGGAUGUUGAUCUACCAAGACUUCAAUUAAAUCCUUUUUCAUGGACCAAGGUUGCAAGCAUAAUAUUUAUAGAUUUACCUGCUGGCGCCGGAUUCUCCUAUGCAACUAGUGAAUCUUACUAUCCCGGUGAUACCAAAUCAUCAAAACAAGCACUUCAAUUUUUACAAACGUGGUUUGUGGAGCAUCCUGAAUUUGCAGAGAAUCCUCUUUAUAUAGCUGGUGCUUCUUAUGCUGGAAGAGUUGUUCCAACAAUAGCACUGGAGAUUGUUAAAGGAAAUGAGGAACCAGGUUCUGGGAAAAAGAUGAAUAUUCAGGGGUACAUUCUCGGAAAUCCGUUGACUGAUAAAUACCUUGAUAAUCAAAUACAAGUUGAUGUUGCUCACCGUCUAUCUUUAUUACCCGAUGAGCUUUAUAUGUCGACCAAAGAAAGUUGCAAAGGAGAUUAUCCGAAGGAUGUGGCUGAUAGCCGUAUUACUACACAAUGUAGGAAGAAUCUUGAAGAUGUAUCCAAUUUAAUUGAUCCAGUGGAACCCGAAGAUGUCAUGAAGCCUAAAUGCUUCUUCACAAUGCCAAAUGAGAUAUGUCGGGAACAUUCAAUUUCUUGUCAAUGGGCUAAUAACAUUCAAGUCCAAGAAGCUCUUCAUGUUCGUAAGGGAACAAUAAGGCAGUGGAGUCGUUGCCACCACGAAUUGUGGGAUGUGUAUGAUUUUGAUAUUAAUAGUAGUAUACAAUAUCAUAAUAACCUUUCAACUCAACCUCUUCGAGCAUUGAUCUUCAGUGGUGACCAAGAUUUGAAGCUUCCAUAUGUCUCCAGCUUGAAAUGGAUUAAGAAGCUUGAUGUCAUUCCAACCCAUGAUUAUUGGAGACCAUGGUUUGUACAAGAUCAAGUUGCAGGAUAUGUAACAGAGUAUUCAAACAACCGGUACAACUUGACAUUUACAACAAUCAAGGGAGCAGGACAUGUUCCGGGAGAAUAUAAAGCUGAAGAAUGUUUUGCAAUGUUUACGAGGUGGAUAUCUUAUAAUCAUCUCUAACCUAAAUCAUAAUUGACAUCAGCUUCAUCAACUUUGUACUCUCAAUUCAUGAAACUUACUCGCUCUUAUGAGUUUCAUAAUGUAAUAUUAUCUAAAUUAUAUAUUCUAAAAACUGUUCGUUUCAAAAUGAAUGACUUUGAUUUUAUCCAAAUUAUUUAUCCUAGUAUUAGAUACUUUGAAUGUUAUAUAAAUGUUAGAGUUAGACUUUUUUGUUGACAUACUU